AUGGUGAAAGUGCGUCCUGAAGACUUAGACUGUGCAGAGAUGGGAGUCAUUGGUUGGACACUCUCAGUGUUAGCAACAGUAGCAGCGGAUACAGACACAGCUGACUUGAGCCUCAACGAUUUCCACCAGGAUUCAAUUCCAGAGUUUAUUGGUUCUCUUCAGUAUAUAGAAUAUCUCAACCUAUCUAAUGCCAAUUUUCGAGGAACCAUUCCCACUAAUCUUGGAAACCUCUCACACUUGGAGGUUCUGGAUUUGAGUGGAAACUGCUUUUCUUUAAAAGCCGACAACCUCAAUUGGGUUUAUGGUCUUUCUUCUUUGAAAGUUCUUUAUCUGGGUGGUGUUGAUCUUAGCAAUGCAGAUGAUUGGCUUGAUGCAGUAAAUAUGCUACCUACUCUGGUAGAGUUGAGUUUAUUCUUUUGUAAAUUUCACAAACUUCCUCAAAAUUUGCCUCAUGUGAAUUUUACUUCUCUUAAAAUCCUUGAUCUCUCAUAUAAUGAUUUCAGUUCUACAAUACCAGAUUGGUUGUUUGACAUUGGCCAUAGUCUUGUUUACCUUAAUCUUUCAAGAUGUCCAAUACCAUUAACUUUAGGCUUGUUUCAAAAGAAAGGCCUGCCGCUUAGCACUUCUUCAUCACUGAGAGAGUUGUAUCUUUCCAACAAUCGACUGAAUGGAUCCUUAGAGCAAAGUCUUGCACAGUUCUCGCAACUCGUUGUCUUGAAUAUGGCUGGGAAUCACUUGGAGGGUAACAUCACGGAAGCUCAAUUGCAAAAAUUUAGAAGCUUGCAAGUGUUAGAUCUAUCUUCAAAUCGAUAUCGUGCUAGAUUGGUUUUGGGACCUGUCUUCUAG